UACAGUCUAUCUAAUGACGUAGCAAGCCUUUUUGCCAUGUAUAAUUUACACAGUCUGGUCUAAAAUAACUCAUGAUAAAAACCGAGUCCACAGAAUGUCAGAUGAAGAGAUUCCUUCAACUUCCAGAGAGCCUGUACCCGAAGAAGAAGAGCUGAAGCCACCUCUGAAGGCUGUGCCCAAGGCGGAGGGGGAGUUGGAUCCAGAGUAUGAGGAGAAAAGGAAAACAGAUAGAGCGAACCGGUUUGAGUUUCUGCUCAAGCAAACAGAACUCUUUGCCCACUUCAUCCAGCCUGCAUCUCAGAAGUCUCCUACUUCACCCCUGAAAGUGAAACCUGGACGACCUCGCGUUAAACAGGAUGAGAAACUAAAUCUCCUCUCUGUUGGAGAUAACCGCCACCGACGCACAGAACAGGAAGAAGAUGAGGAGUUGUUAUCUGAGAGCAGGAAGGCAGCUAACGUCUUGGUUCGCUUUGAAGAGUCCCCAUCCUGUAUGAUGUUUUCAUAUAGCUUAAAUGUUAUCUGAGAGCAGGAAGGCAGCUAACGUCUUGGUUCGCUUUGAAGAGUCCCCAUCCUGUAUGAUGUUUUCAUAUAGCUUAAAUUUUAUCUGAGAGCAGGAAGGCAGCUAACGUCUUGGUUCGCUUUGAAGAGUCCCCAUCCUGUAUGAUGUUUUCAUAUAGCUUAAAUGUUAUCUGAGAGCAGGAAGGCAGCUAACGUCUUGGUUCGCUUUGAAGAGUCCCCAUCCUGUAUGAUGUUUUCAUAUAGCUUAAAUGUUAUCUGAGAGCAGGAAGGCAGCUAACGUCUUGGUUCGCUUUGAAGAGUCCCCAUCCUGUAUGAUGUUUUCAUAUAGCUUAAAUGUUAUCUGAGAGCAGGAAGGCAGCUAACGUCUUGGUUCGCUUUGAAGAGUCCCCAUCCUGUAUGAUGUUUUCAUAUAGCUUAAAUGUUAUCUGAGAGCAGGAAGGCAGCUAACGUCUUGGUUCGCUUUGAAGAGUCCCCAUCCUGUAUGAUGUUUUCAUAUAGCUUAAAUGUUAUCUGAGAGCAGGAAGGCAGCUAACGUCUUGGUUCGCUUUGAAGAGUCCCCAUCCUGUAUGAUGUUUUCAUAUAGCUUAAAUGUUAUCUGAGAGCAGGAAGGCAGCUAACGUCUUGGUUCGCUUUGAAGAGUCCCCAUCCUGUAUGAUGUUUUCAUAUAGCUUAAAUGUUAUCUGAGUGCAGGAAGGCAGCUAACGUCUUGGUUUGCUUUGAAGAGUCCCCAUCCUGUAUGAUGUUCUCAUAUAGCUUAAAUGCUAAUGUUAAUGCUCUCUGUGUAAAUGAACAGUAGCAGGUGUAACUCAGUGUUGUAUUCUAUCAGGUCUAUACCUAUAAUCCAAAUUAGCUCCCAUUUGAGAAUAGCUGACGAUGGAUACGAAUAUAAUUUCCUUUUUUUUCAUUAACUUUUUACUGCAGUGGGCUAAAUCAGGGUUAUACAGAGUGAUUCUUGGUAGUCUUAAACCAAUCUUCUUUGAUACAAAAAUAUACACCUCACACACAUUGAUGGUUGUGGGUACCAUGUCAGAUAUAGAGUUGAAAUGCAUUCCAUUUUGAAUUUGCAUCCCAAUAUUACACUUUAUAUACUUCACAGAAGACUGAAAUAUAACAAAACUGUUUGACAUAGAAA